CUGGUGCACAUGCACAUUUGAAACAAGGAAUAUUAUUCUAAUGACGGCAAGUUUUGUUUUAUUGUUAAUUUUCAAGAUAUUUUUCAAAUAUCUUUUUAUUUUACAAGUUGUACAUUUCAUUGGAAAAAGUACGUAAAUUUACUUUUGAGCUACAAACGGCAUCGUUAUUUAAUUUGACUUAUUAAAUGUUUUCCAGUAGGCCUUUAUAAGUGGGCAUUUUUAAGCGAUAACAUUUAUGUAUUAAUUAAAAAACAAAAACACUAUACGAAAUUUAUUUUCCUAAUUUUUUUGUAGGGUUGUUUAAUGGUUUUCAUUUAAAAUUAUAUCUAUACAAAUUCUUGAUAGGCGACAAAACACGGUUUUAAUGAUUAUUACAAUACACUAAAGACAGCAUAUAAAUAUUACAAAUAGAUUUUUCUUUUGAUUUAUUUUUCAGUUUUCUAAAUAGAUAAGAGACAGGUAUCUUUCAUGCAUAAAAUAGGGUGGAGCUUCAGCCAUGGAAUAACAUCAACGUGAACAUGUUGUACCAUAGAAUAUCUCCACCUACUUAAUUUCCUCUUAGAUUCUAGUCGGAUUUCAUGUUUAGUUAUCCAAGUAAUAUGAAGCAUCAAAUUGCAGAUAAUAGACCCUGGUUUUCCCCAAAACAAACUCAAAGUUUAAAGCUAAUUAGUUCUUAAAAACAUCAAAAGAAAAAUGCAAUCUAUAUUACAGCUGGUUGUAUAUCAAUUGAAGCAUUUUAUGAAAAGCUUAUAAAUGCUAAAAUAUCAGAUAUAUACGACAACAGCAAACUCACUAUUUAUAAACAUGUAAAACUAAAUAAUACAGAAGAAAAAUAUUUAACUUGCUCACAAUUUGAAUAUUAAAAACUGAUAACAACAUUUAGAAUAAGUGACCACAAUGUAUCAAGAGAAAAGGGAAGAUAUGUUAAAAAGCCAAAAGAUUAUGCAAAAACUGCAAAAAAAUGAGGAUGAAAUUCAUUUAUUUUAUAUUGUGAUAUUAACAGUAAUAUAAGAAUUUUAUUUUUUUAUUUUUUGGUAAAGCAUGUAAAGAGAGCACACACUCUAUAGAUUUAAAUGAUAGAGAUAAAAUCACAUAUAUCCUCAACUCAAGAUCACACAUGCAGGUUAAUAAGCAUGGAUCCUUUUUAAAACAGUCUAUAUAUAGAAGUGAGGACAUGGGGCUCUUGAAAUGUGUACUUUCAUUAUAAAAUUGAGAAUGGAAACAGGGAAUGUGUUAAAGAGACAACAAUCCGACCGAAGAGCAGAAAACAGCCCAAGGCCUUCAACAAAGCGGGAAAACCCCGCACCCGGAGGCGGUCUUGAGCUGGGCCCUAAACAAAAAAUUAGUCAAUAAUGUAUACUAGUUAAGCAAAAAUGAACGUCACACUAAACUAUGACGCAUAAAAUGAACCAAAAUUAAAAAAACAUACAAGAUUAACAAAGGCCAGAGUUUCCUGACUUGGGACAGGCGCAAACAUGCGGCGGGGUAAAAACACAUUUUGUAAGUUCUCAACCCUCCCCUAUACCUCUAGCCAAUGUGGAAUAAACAAACACAUAGCUGAAUGCACACAGUAAAACCCAGUUCAAAAAAAAGUCCGAGACCUGUGUUAGAAUAGGUAACAGAGAAACGAAGCAAAAUGACAAUGAUUAACAUAAAUUAACAAAGGACUACUAGCAGUUACUGACAUGCCAGCUCCAGACAUCAAACUCAAAACUGAUCGAAAGAUUAUGUCUUUAUCAUAUGAAAAUCAAGCACAAUCCCUCCCGAUAGGAGUUUAGUAUCAAACCAUCAUAAACUAUACGAUUAUGUAUAUAAAUAAUCUUGUUGAUAUUAAUGUUUGUUUUUAUUUUGUUAUGUUGUGAACUGUUUGAUUUUGCUCAUAUCACGCAUCACCAACAAAAUCCAUAUUACGAAUGUUGUUGCAUAGACAUCGCUGCAAUUUGUAAUAAUAAGAUUUUUAUCUUAAGUUUCAGUCCUGUUUAAAAGCAGUUUAAGUACACUUCAUACAAUGGGUGCCAGUUGUUGAUUUUCACAGGAUGUGUGUUUGUGAAGAUUACGUUUAGAAAAUUAUGAGGAAAUUUACAUAUAAUUAUCUAAUAUGAUCUUAAGCUUUCUAACUGUAAAGAAUGAUGCACACUCCCGGGCCGACAAUUGACUUUAGAUUGAAUGUCUUAAAGUAAGAUUCUUAUUUUUACAUUGAUAAUAAAAUAGAUGAGCAGAUACUCCGACAAUUCAGGCAAUAAUUCCAUGAAACAUUAAAAAGGAAACUAGAUGAAGACAAGGAGAUACGGUGUAUAUGUCAAUGCGAUAGCAAUCCAAUAACAAAAACAAUCUCUUGGGACGUAAUUAAGAAUCAGUAGAGGCCACAUGUAUAAAAUGUAUAACGGCGAACUGUAAAGUAACAGACUCGGUAUUUAUUGUAUGAAAGUUUUAUCCGCCCUUAUAGAUAUGUAUGUGCGUGACGCCUAAACUACCUUAAAAUUGAAUUCUUUGUACGAUUUUUUAAUAGGCAGUGCUUAGUCAUCUUUAAGUUACUGAGUAUGUAACUCUUGAACCGGUGCGUUUUAGAUUGUAAGUGAUAAUGACUUUUAUUGUACAGUAAAUGAACAGCGGUGGAAAGGCGGGAGAGUGAUUUUUAACGUGUGAUAACUAAUUUUUAACUAAUGCAAAAUGUGAUGAAUCAAGUAGUGAAGCCAAAUAUCAAUUCCUGUGUAAAACGGGAUUGUUGAUAUUAUUGGUCACGGGUGGAACGGUUCUACAUACAUACAUCAUGACGUAUACGGUAUGGUUAUCGGGCCUAUAAAAGGGUGUAAAGGUCCAGAGAAGAAGAACACAGCUUUUAAGUUUAUCGUACCCCGUUUGAUAUAAUAUAUAGAUGAGUGGUUCGAUAUGUAAAAAAUAAUUGUUUGAGACAGGAAGCCUUCUAAUAGAACUUUCAGUACUUUUAUGGGAGUGGUUUGCAUAAUUUAUAUUCUGAAUCAGGUAAACGCUUUGCACAUGAUAUUUUCUCGUUUCAUUAAGCACCUUUAGAACUAAGACAAAUGGGGUGAUUUUGGUAACAACUCAUUCAUAAUUUUGAAGAGACUGAAUGUUUCACGCCUUAUUACACAAACAUUGCGGUUUCUUAAAUAAUUUUAGACUAUAGCUAAAAAGGCAAUGGAUAUGUUCAGAAAGAUAAAACCAAAGAACACAAAAAGUAUUGAAAAACACUUGGGACACGAAAAACUUGGAGAAGGUUGGAGUGAGAACAAAGAAGCUGUUACGGAUGGUUUAACAUUUCAUUUGAAAUACAUAGGAUCUACACUUAUUGAAGAAGCAGCUGAUGGACAGAGCUAUCGGGAUGGUCAGAGUGAAAAAGCUGUCAAUAAUAUUGUUGCCAUGGCAAAGACAGCUAAAAGUAAAUUAAGAAAAGUGACCCUGACAACUUCACCCGAGGGUAUGAAAGUUUUAGACAUGGCUUCUAAAGAAUUGUUGAUUGAAUGCAGUAUAUUUAGAAUAUCUUUCUGUUCUGCUGACAAGAAUCAUGAAAAAAUAUUUGCCUUUAUGGCAAGAAAUAGCAUUAAUGAAACCAUGGAGUGCCAUGCUUUUCUGUGUGCCAAGAGAAAAAUUGCACAAGCAGUUACAUUGACAGUGUCCAAAGCAUUUGAAUUGGCCAGUGAAAAAUGGAAUACUGAAAAUGAAAAUAAAAAUUCUAAUGAGACUGCACAGUCAAGAUUGGAAGAUAACAAUUUCAAUAAUUCAACAACUUACUCAAGUAAAAGAGAUGGAAAUAAUUCACCAAUACCAAAACUUCAGUCACCAAAAUCUGUAAACAGAUCGUCACCAACACCUAAACAGAGUAAAGAAUGGCUGAAAUUUGAAGAUGACAAUUUAGAUGAUGACUUUUCAAGGCUGGCAGAAAAUAGAAUUAGAAAAGUAGCUGAAGGGCCACCAAGACUGGAUAAGAUCCCAUCCUUCCAUACAAAUUUAAAAGAGGAAGAUAUGGAUGAUUCUAUUACAAAAUACCUAGACACAAAAACAUGUAACGAGGAAUUUUCUCGCCAAAGGUCAAUGGAAGAUCUACUUGUUAUAUAGCUGCCACCUGAUCUCACAAAAAAACCACACAGGGUGCUGUACAUUCAUCCAUAAUACAAGUGCUAUAGAUCUAACAGGUAACCAGUCAGGAAACCAAAUCAUGCCAUGUACUUUUAUUGCAGAUCUGACUUAGUACCAAAAGUAGGGUACGCAUGUAUCAGAUAAUGCCAUCCAAUUUUUAUCACAAGUGCUUUUUUGUUAUUAAGUUUUAGUGCUUUGCAUUUGUCUCUAUGAGAUGUAAAAAUGCACUUUUAAUGUUACUCAGAAAUUAUUUUUACAGUUUGGGUUAUGCAGGAUGUGAAUUUAAGGUGUUUUUUAUGAAAAUUGAAAGUCUUAUAGUCAUAAAUAGUGCCCUCUCAAAGAAAAUUUUUAUUCCUAAAACUCGCACACUUAAAAUUUGAAUAAAGUUAGUAAAAAAAUUUAAACUUAACUAGGUUCAUUUCCUCUUAUUGUUAUCUGAUUUAUAAUGGUCAAAACUUCAAAGGGAUAAUAAUAAUAAAGAAUGUAAAAGCCCUCAAACCUUGAAAUGAAUUCAGCUCUAGCAUUGUAAUUUGAUUAAUGCACAAGUGCCUGAAUAUAUAGAUACAAAGAAUUCAAAUUUAGAACUGUUAAAUAGCAGUUUAAUGAAUAAUAGAAAAAGUAUGUAAGAGCUGUCAAACCUUGAAAUAAAUCUGCAUCAUGCCUGGUAAUUUGAUUUUUAGGCAAGUGCCUAAAAAAGUGUGUAAGAGCAGUCAAUCCUUCAAAUGAGUUUGCAUCUAGCCUUGUCAUUUGACUUUUGGACAAGUCCCUAAAUACAUACAAAACAAACACACAGAAAAUUUGAAACUGUUGAAUAGCAGUGGACUAUGUACUAAAAAGGUAUGCAAGAGCCCUUAAACCUUGAGAUGAAUUUGCAUCUAGCGUGGUAAUUUUGAUUUUUUAGUUGUUUGAUUUAAAUAAUGUAUAUAUACAAGCAGAUAAAUUAUUGAAUUUACACUAUAAGUAAUUUUUUUUCCACAUCCUGUUCAGUAAAUGAAUUAUAAAUGUGCACAGAAAGUAGCCGAAAACCCAGAUGCACAAUCACACACAGUAAAAUUUGAAACUCUUGAAUAGUAGUCUAAUGAAUAAAAACAAAUGUAUAUAAGAGACGUCAGACCUUGAAAUGAAUUUGCAUUUAGUGCUGUGAUUUGAUUUGGGACAAGUUCCUGAAUGCAUACGUACAAAGAGAUUUACUUUGAAAAAAUAUGAGAAAGAGCUUUUAGAAAACUGAAGGAAAUAUAUCAUACAUACUUACAUAUUUUUUUGUCACCCUGUUCAGUUAAUUUAUUUUAAAGUGCACAGAAAAUAGCUUAACGCACACAUACUCAGAUAAUUUGAAACUGUUGAAUAGCAGUGAAAUGAAUAAUAAAAAAGUUUGUAAGAGCCUUCAAACCUUGAAAUGAAUUCACAUCAAGCGUAAUAAUUUGAAAAUUGUACAAGUCCUCAAAUACAUACAUACAUACAAAAAGAUUUAUGUUGAAAAAAGUUGUUCAAUGGAAUUGAGAUAGAGCUGUUUGAAAACUGACUUAUAUAUUGCAUACAUACAGACCAAUAAAUUAUAUUGUUGGCACUGGAAGUCAUUUUUUUCCUGUACAGUUAUUUAAUUAUAUAUGUUCACAGAAAGUAGCCUAAAACACACACAGUUUUGAAACAGUUUUAUAGUAGUCAAAUAUAUAAUUAAAAAGUAUGUAAACUUUCUCCCUAUGUUCAAAACCGAUUGGUGGCCUUGGGCUGUUUUGGUUGGAUUGUGUCUUUGAAACAUUCCCCGUUUCCAUUCUCUUUUCUAAGGUCCCUCAAACCUUUAAAUGAAUUUAUGUCUAGCGUUGUUAUUUGAUUGUUGUUCAAGUCCUCCCAAAUACAUAUAGAAAGAGAUGUAUUUGGAAAAAUUUUGGCCUCUGGAAGUGAGAUAGAGCUACUGUGGAUUUAUUAUUAGUCGUUAGAUACCAGUUUUCAUGGGUUUCGUGGGAACAGGAUAACCACAAAUUCAAAUGUUCAACGAAUAACAAAUUUUCUUUAGGCUGUGUAUGCAAAGUUUGGCAAAACCACAAAAUCAAACACUCAUGAAAAUUUAAGUUUUCCUCAAUCUACGAAAAUUGAUACCCACAAAAAUAAAUGAAUCCACAAUAUAUGAAAACUGACUGAUAUAUUGCAUACGUACUGAAUGAUGAAUUCUUGAAUGUUUUUGUUCAUCCUGAUCAGUUAAUGAUGCACACAGAAAGAAGUCUAAAGCACACAUACACAAAAUUUGAAAUUCUUGAAUAACUUUCAAAAAUUCUUUGUAAGAGCUGUCAAACCUUGAAAUAGAUUUGAAUCUAGUGUGGUAAUUUGAUUUCUGGGCAAGUUCCUGAGUACAUAAAUACAAAGAGAUUUAUGUUAACAAAAAAAGUUGGUUGCUGGAUGUAAGAGUCUUCAAACCUUGAAAUGAAUUCGCAUCAAGCGUGAUAAUUGGAUUUUUGUACAAGUCUUCAAAUACAUUUAAAAGUCUUGAAUAGCAGUCAAAUGAAAAUUAAAAGGUACGUUAGAGCCUUCAAACCUUGGAAGAAAUUUUCGUCUAUUGUAGAUAUUUUAUUUUAAGACAAGUCCCUGAAUACAUAUAUUCAUAGAGAUUUAUUUACACUGAAAAAAGUUUGUCAAAUGGAAGAGAGAUAGAGCUGUUUGAAAACUGGAUGAAAUAUUGCAUACAUACUGAUACAUAAAUUAUAUUAAAAGUAUGUAAGAGCUGACAAACCCUUCUAAAUAUUCGCAUCAACCAUGGUAAUUUGAUUUUUGGACAAGUCUCUGUAUACAUAAAUACAAAGAGUUUCAAGUUAAAAAAAAGUUGGCCACUGGAAAUAUAAAGAUGGAACUGUUAGAAAACUGAUUGAAAUAUUUCAUACAUACUGACAGAUUAUUUGUAUAUGUGCACAGAAAGUAGCUUAAAGCACUCAUUACACACAGAAAAUUUGAAAUAGUUCGAAUAGCAGUCUAAUGAAAAAUUAUUUUAUACUGACAGAUAAAUUAUUGAAAUGGCACUGAAAGUCAGUUUUUUUUUUUUUUUUUUUUUCGCCUUGUUCGGUUAAUUAUAUAUGUGCACAGAAAGUAGCUUAAAUCACACAUACACACACAGAACAUUUAAAACCGUUGAACAGCAGUCUAAUGAAAAAUCAAAACUUUGUAAGAGCCCUCAAACCUUGAAAUAUAUUUGCAUCUAGGGUUUUAAUUUGAUUUUAAGUCCCGUCCCUGAAUGCAUAAAUACAAAGAGAUAUACGUUGAAAAAGGUUGGCCACUGGAAAUGUGAUAGAGCUGUUAGAAAACUGAUUUAAAUAUUGCAAACAUUCUGACAGAUUAAUAAUCAUUAUUCAUGUAUGGCUAAAUGAUUAAGGUUAAAAGUAACAAUGUUUAAGGUCUGCUCUAAAACCUGAAGAAUUCUGAGAGAGUUUUAUAACAUAAUUAAUGAAGAACUUGAAUACAAAAACCUAUUUCUUAGUUACAAUAUUUUACAACAGCUAGGUUAAUAGUAUUGUUGGCAAACUGAAGUUUAAAUCUUCUAAUGUUAGAUAUUUCUGAUCAUGUGAAGUGUUUUUGAAAUGCUCCAAACAGAAAGCUAAAUGUCUGUUUUAUUUUUAUUUUUUCUAUUAGCUAAUAUUUUGAUGUCAAUCUGUUUAUGCUAAAAGCAAAUUUGUAGUCACAUAUUGCAUGAAAAUAGUAUAUCUGUCAUCUGUUUUUACCUUUCAUAAAUAUUCAUGUAACUUCCAAUUGUAAGGGAGUCUGAGCCAAAAGUUUGGCAAGCAAAAGAUAAAUAGUAACAGCUUAAUUUUAAGGGGAAAAAUAAAAUGUCCAACUACAAUUUGCUCUUCUUCCUGGUUUCCUCAUAUGACCGCCCUCCUUUUGCUAAGUAUGGUUUGUUAGCGUUUGUCUAUUAUUUGCUUUCAUUACCUACCUCAGAUUUCCCAUACUCCUCAGGCUUCUUAUAUAGAGUAACUGCCUUAGGUGGUUUUUGUUUAUUUUUUUAAAUCUAAAAAGAAAUAAAGUAUUGUAAUAUACUAGUCAUGUUAAGAAGGUUGAUAUUUUACUUUGAAUACAUUGAGGCCAGAUAAGAUAAUUUCUAGAUUCUAGUCCCUGUUUUCCACUAUUUAUCUCUUACAGUGAUUUGUUAAAAAAAAGGGGAAGGAAAGUUGGGAAUCGUUCGUGUUUAUACAAGGAAAAAAAUAAUGAAACUUUACCUGUCUGCACAUGUUUUAUGAAAGUUCUAAUGUGAAUUUUGGAACUAUUUUCUAUGGUCUAGGAAACUUUUCUGCAACAUUUAUCAAUGCACAAUGAAAAACAAAUGGCUAUUUAUAUUGUUUUCAGAGAAUUUAUAUGGAAUUGAGCAAACUUUUACUCAAUGACUUUAAAAUGUAAUUUUUUGGCUAUUCCAAGUUGAGAGGGACUGAACAUAGUUUAAAAACAGGGUACAAUGUAAAUGAUUUUAAUUAAUUGAAAUGAUUUAUAAAAAAUGUAAUAUGAAUUAGGCAUUGUCUGACAAUAUAUUUUUGGAUUUAUUAUGUUAUUGGGUUGCUGUCUCAUUGAUAUAUACCAGCAUCAUCAUUUAUUCACAUUCACAAUGCCUAGAAAUUCAGCUCAGUCCAAAAUGUAUGGAAUUAAUGCCAAAUUUAUUUUUUAUCUACCUACUCUUUUGAUCCUAAAAUUUCUUAAUAGAAAUUUAAAGGAUACAAAUAUCCAUUUAUCACCAUUUUUCGGAAUUUAUCACCAUUUUUUUGGUAUUUAUCACCAUUUUACUGAAUUUACACUCCAUUUUAAUUAAAUAUGAAAUUAUCAAAUAAAUGAUAGAUGAUAGUUCUCAAAAAUAGAGAACCUGAAUAUAAAAUGAGAGAAACUAAAUAUAUUGCUUCCACAAUAAUUUGUAAAUUUAAAAAGAAACCAAUAUAAUAUUGCUUGCUCAGCCUUUAUUUUAAGCAGAAAAAAUUAUUAUUUUAACAAUACACAUGCACCUUUUAUUGUAAUCAGAUGUGUUGAUCUAAAGGUUUUUGAUUAAGGAUGUUCGCUACUCUGUUUCAAAAUAACAAGCGGUCGUGUGCUUGUUUUCGAGAUAUAAGCCAUUGAAAAUUUGGCAGGAAAUGAUUCUCUCCAGAUUUUUCCUAAAUUUAACAUUGGCACCUUUUUUCUUUCAAAAACAAUGAAAAAAUAACAAGGAAUUUAUAAGAUUUUCUAAUGUGGCUUUUUAAACUAUAUGUAAUAAAAUUAUGAAAAGAAAAGUAGGGGUUAGCAGGCAAAAUUUUUAAUGGCACUACAUGGAUAAAACCAGAGGAUUCCGAAUAUCUGGCUAAAAAUAAAAAACAAGAGGAGUGAACAUCCUUAACAAAUUAAAUCACAACAUUUGUAUGUAUAAAUACUGAAAUUAUAUUAAUAAACAAAAUGCAAUUACCUCCUAUAUGAUAAAUGGGGUCUUAUUUGCAAUAAAUUGACUGUGUUAUCAAGAAUAAUGUAUAAAGAAAAUAAUAUGAUAUAUAAUGUCCAUAUAGUCUAUGCAUUAUACAGUAAUAUACAUUAUAAUAGUUAGAUAAUAAUUGCUUUAUAAUAACUAGUUAUAAUUAUAAGUUAACAAAUUGUUGAUUCGUGUAAAUACCAUUGGUAAUCACCUUAAUUGAUGCACGGCCUUGGGAUGAGGGUGAUGGAGUAAGAGUAUUGAUAGGUUUCGAUAUGACAUAAUUUGAGGUUUGAGUUAUUUCCCUUUGCUGCCAUUUUGGAGGAAUAAAUGGUUGAUUUUCCUAUCUGACUAACCCAUUUGAAACAUGUGAUACUACCAAGUCUGAUAAGAUAUCCUUACUGGAUCUUAGUGAUGAAUCAAGCAAGGCUAAAAGAAAUUAAAGUCUAGCGGUCUAGCAUACAACUUGAAUUAUCUGAAUUAUGAAGGAAUUUGUAUAGACCUCCAACAUAUCAACAAAAGGGAUAAACUAUUGCUCAAAUUGUGUCGAUCAAAACCAAUUGACAAAAGUCCAUGAUGUGUUUGUGACCAGGAUUGUUUUAUGAACUUGCUUUAUCUGUGAUUUAGAUUUGAUUAAUGUAUAUGUAAUUAUAUGUAAUAACAUAACAAUGCAAUGCUUUAUUUUUUUUCCAUACAUGUAUGUUAGAAUUUUAUUGCGUAUUUUUAUUAAUUCACAAGAUGCAAAAGGGUGAGAAUUAAAAUUAAUGUUUUACAUUUUAAAAUAUUGUUGGCUUAAUUCACAUUAUUUAAUUUUGCAACGAUCUAUGUUAAGGCCUUCCUAUCAAUGUUUAUCCAUUACACAGGCAAUUUUCACUCAUUAUUUUCGUGUUAAAUUGCAUUAGGAAAAAUUGUCUGUUUGUGAAAGAAAUUUGUCAUCAAAAAACAAUUUUAUGUUGUUUUUUUUUCUUGAAAGUUUAAAAUUGAUUUGAUAAAGCUAAAAAUAUAACAAUGUGUUCAUAAAAUUCUAGAGAUUGAUCCGUUAUAAUGUUUGAUAUAUAACCUAGUUUAGAUAUUCAGUGCCAUUAUUAUAAGCCAUAUUCAUAAGGUUGUUUUAUUUAGGUUAAAAUCUCUUUAAAUUUGUAUUUCAUACUCCUAAAGGGAUUACCAUAGUCCAACACCACUCUUAGUUUUUAUCUUCCAACCUUGUAACUAAUCACCAGUCAUCACCAUUCUUACUUCUUGACUCUUCUUUUAAAGCAAGAUGGACAAUUUUUUUAAGUCAAAAUAACAUUAGAGUACCUGUUAUAGACAUCAAACUUAAAAGUCUUGCUUUAAUUCUACACUUUAAAUUGAUAACCAGUAUUUUCAUUGGCCAAAUUAUAUCCAUUUAAACUGAUUAAAGUUUUCAUCCAACUUCAACUGCUUUUCAACAACCACAUUUGAAAUGUAUUCAGGUAGAGAUAUAUCCCAUGUUUUUUUUAUUACUUUAUGAUAAUUUUGUCUAUUAAUUUAAGAAAAUCUUAUAAUAUUUCAAAAUAUUAAUUAAUAAGUUUAGAGUAAUUUUUUGAUAUCAACAUUGAACAAUAACUAAGUUUUGUAAAAUUUAGAACUAUUAAGUCCAUGUAAAUUUGAAAUUUGAUCUGUACAUUUAUUAUUGUUAAUCUGCAGCAUAAUACCUGAUAAAUAAAUGCAAUUUUCAUACAUAAUUAAGAGAAUUAUUGCAAGUGAUAAAGUGUGAGUUUAUUUUUUGUGAUUUUUGUCUUGUGUGUAUUUAACUUCUAACUUAAAAGUAGAGAAAAAUGUUGGAUUCUCUAUACCAGGCACAGGUAUUAGUGGUCUUUUCUGUGGUGAUCCCAGAUCUCACUAGUCUUAUUACAAAACUAAAUUGUUAUUGAAAAGUUUCAAUAUUAAUGAAACUCAUAUGUAAAAAUAUUUUUUGUCUACAUUUUCUGUAGUAAAAUAUAGUUAUAUACUGUAAAUUUAUAAAUUAAUGCAUGCAUUUAUUAUUGUGAAUCCUUGGCAGUUGCCAAAAAUGUCAAAAAUAUAUUAAUUAUGAUAGCAAAAAUUUUAUCAAGGAAAAUCAGUACUGAAAUUAUUAUUGCGAACCUAAGACUGUCACAUUUUUCGCAUUAAUAUAAACAUCUCAGUAAUCAAUGAAUGGCUGGAUCCGCCCCCUGUACUUGCACUAUGCCACCAAACCAUUUUCGCCAGUGUUCUCCCCAGGUCCUUUUAGCAUCAUGGUAAUGUGAUAUUAUAUUUCUUCAAUGUGAUGCUAUCUGAAUUGGUUUUCUUACAAAUUAUGUUAUGGAUGGGAUGCUAUACUUUUUAGAAACAAGAUGGUAUUUCAAAUUUCCCUGUUAACCAGGAUGCUAAAUGAAAUACCUGGGGAGCUCACCUUUUUCAAUGUUGUUACUUUACAGUUUAAUCGCAUAAGCUGAUAUUGAUUCAUGCAUGAAGUGAGACAUUUACAUUGUAAAUAUUGUUGAUCAACAGAAUCAAUUAGUAAGCAACAUAAAGUUAAAACAUGUAUUGAUAAUAAUUAAUAUUUACAUGUAUAUAUUUAGUUAUAUAUUUCCCCUUUCCAGUUUGUACAAGUCUAAAUAUAUUAUAUUAAGCAUGAAAUGGAUUGUAAGUAUAAAAUUGUAUAUUGAAUUUAUUUGCAUGUAGCCGGUAUUUUUCAUUAUCUGGUUGUCAUCUAAAAUUUAUAACCAUGGUAACAGCUUUUUGUUUAUUUGUUGGCAUUUUUUUUACUAAUCAUUAUGCAAUGCAAGUUCUCAGGCUUUAGUUUUGUUUUAAAUGUCUAGUUUGUUACUUAGAUAUCUGAAUUUGUAGAUCUAAAUUGUGUAUUUUUGUUGAAAACUUAAUAAAUUUUUUACCAAUUA